GCCCCGUCCGGGCAGCGCCGCACCGAGCCGCGUCCCCGCACAGUGGCCAUGGAGUACACGCCGGCCCCCAAGCCGCAGCUCUCCUCCCGGGCCAACGCCUUCUCCAUCGCCGCCCUCAUGUCGAGCGGCAGCUCCAAGGACAAGGAGUCCCCCGAGAGCACCAUCAAGCCUCUGGAACAAUUCGUUGAGAAAUCCUCCUGCGCCCAGCCUCUGAGUGAUUUAUCCAGCCUGGAUCCUCACGGGGAUUUUAGCAGCAGCCCCUCUUCCCUGUGCACCGAGCCCCUCAUCCCCACCACCCCCAUCAUCCCCAGCGAGGAGAUGGCCAAAAUCUCCUGCAGCCUGGAAACCAAAGAGCUCUGGGACAAGUUUCAUGAACUGGGCACCGAGAUGAUCAUCACCAAAUCCGGGAGGAGAAUGUUUCCUACGAUCAGGGUUUCCUUCUCGGGAGUGGAUCCAGAGGCCAAGUAUAUUGUGUUAAUGGACAUAGUUCCUGUGGACAAUAAAAGAUAUAGAUAUGCCUACCACAGGUCUUCCUGGUUAGUGGCUGGAAAAGCUGACCCUCCACUCCCUGCAAGGUUGUAUGUGCACCCUGACUCCCCGUUCACAGGAGAGCAACUGCUGAAGCAGAUGGUGUCCUUUGAGAAAGUCAAACUCACCAACAACGAGCUGGAUCAGCAUGGCCACAUCAUUUUGAACUCCAUGCACAAGUACCAGCCACGGGUCCACAUCAUUAAGAAGAAGGAUCACACAGCUUCUUUGCUAAAUCUGAAAUCAGAAGAAUUCAGAACAUUCAUAUUUCCAGAGACAGUUUUUACUGCUGUUACUGCCUACCAGAAUCAAUUGAUAACCAAGUUGAAAAUUGACAGCAACCCUUUUGCUAAAGGAUUCCGUGACUCUUCCAGACUCACUGAUAUCGAGAGAGAAAGCGUGGAGAGCCUUAUCCAAAAGCAUUCCUAUGCCCGAUCCCCCAUUCGGACCUACGGAGGAGAAGAUGAACUUGGAGAUGACAGCCAGGCAGCACAAAGCAGAGGGUCAGCCUUUACAACAUCUGAUAACCUGUCCCUCAGUUCCUGGGUUUCCUCUUCAACCAGUUUCCCAGGAUUUCAGCAUCCACAGUCUUUGAGUGCCCUGGGUACCAGCACUGCAUCCAUAGCUACACCCAUUCCUCAUCCGAUCCAAGGAUCUCUGCCUCCAUACAGCCGCCUGGGAAUGCCUCUUACACCCUCUGCUAUAGCCAGCUCCAUGCAAGGUAGCGGCCCCACUUUCCCAUCCUUCCACAUGCCAAGGUACCACCAUUAUUUUCAGCAGGGUCCUUAUGCAGCUAUCCAGGGACUGCGGCAUUCUUCCGCAGUGAUGACACCAUUUGUAUGAGUGGCGUAAGACAAGAGGAACACAAGAUUUUAAAUGUGCAAGUUUGCUAUGAAAAAUACAAGGGACCUUCCUGAAAGGCCUGUGGCAGGAGUGCUGAACUCAUAACAAACCAGCUAAGAAAAUACUUUGUGGAUCUAGAUUCCUCUUUUGAGGGAUCACAAGAAGAGAGCGUGCAGCUUGGAGCUGCUCACAGAUCUAUGUGUAACACAGCCAAAAUGGAUUCCAAAGUCCACAGGAUCUUUGGUCGCAUGCAGCUUGUUCCAAAGGUGCAUUAUACCUAGUGGAAAGAGAUUAUCUUUAAGCAGCAGUGUACAAACUAAUUGUUUAUAGGUCUUUUUUCAUAUGCUAGAUGAAUUCUAAAAGAGGCAAUACUCUUACUCACCUUCAUCUCUUCUUGUGACUGAUGAGUAUCUAAACAGAAAAAUGUAUUGCUAUAACUUUGAGCAUGUUUUAGGCUAUCUCAACAUACAUUUGCUGAAAACAGGACAAAGUGGAGAAGACCACUGUCCUUUUCAAGACUGGCAUAUAUUCACCAAAACCAGUAUUUCUUAGUUGCUACUAUAAUCACAAAGAGAAUGUUAAUAACAAGUCUUUCUUUCUUUCUUUGUUUCUUUCACAAAACACUUAUUGGUUCCAAAAAAAAGAACUGUGUUACAGGACUGUAGUAGUAAUAAUGUAUUCUGUCCUUCAGUCUAAAAGGAAGUUUGUACUAUAUCCAAGGAGCAGCAACUUAACUGUUGGUUAAGGUAUAAUGAAGAAAAAUAUUGAUUUGGAAAAAUCUGUUACUUAAACUUAGAAACCCAAGAUUUCAAAUUUUAAAGCAGUGCUUGUUUGCUACUGUGUGUGCCACUGAAGACCUGUUUCCAGCUGCACAUGUGUACCAAGUUAACCUGAUUUCAGGCUAGACCAGUCUAUAGACUCUCUGAAUCAAACAAUAAUUAAGGGACUGGUAUGAAUGGCAUUGGAGUAUCUUUCCACUUGUUCUGAUUUUGUUGAGUUUGGUCAUGGCUGUUACUAUAUAAGCUCCUUGGCCAGGAAAAUGAAGGUUGUACUACCAGUUUUUUCAUGUCCCACUAGAAUGGUGGAGUUCCCUUGGGAAAAUAACAGUACACAACUUUACACCAAUUUUUUUUAAAAUUCAUGUCUGACUUGUUUUCAGUUAGUAUUUGGGGCUCUCAUUCAAGGUACUCCCCUUUUUCUAGUAGGUUGUGUCUGAUGCAAUGGAAGAGCUAUAGAGGCAUAAGAAAAUAAUGACAUUGUCUGCAGAGAGCUAACAUGAAUCCUUUGCACUGCUGGAAACAGUAGUAGUGUGAUCUUGGCUUUCUGUGUGGCAGGAGCUGGGAUCCCAAUGUAAAUGAUAAGCUGACAUAAAGUUUGUGUCGAGUUGCAUCCAAGCUGCAGGUGAUACAUCUACUGACAAAAAAGAACUAGCAUAUAUAAUCUCAUAUAUUACAGAUCUCUUUAGAGCUGGAACACAACACAGACUUAUUUCCCUCUAUUGUCUUCAACUUUUGACCAUUCUGUGUUGGUGUCAUGUGGUAAAAAGCAGAGUGCAGUACAUUGAGUCACAUAUUCCCAUCUCUGCAAAGUGCAAGGCAAGGCACGGCACAUGCAUCCCACAGAAAAAAACCAUCAUUAUGUAUUUUCCAGUAUUUUCCAAAAUCUUCUCAAGUUGGCCAUUUCAAUCACCUUUUCAACCAAGUUAUCUGCAAUAUCACCCUAAUUCCCCAUCAACCACUGUUGGACCUGCUGAUGAAAAAUUACCUUGGCCAAUUUGCAACUCCUGUGCUCUGUAUGUAAAUAAAAAUGAAAAAUUAUAUACAAUUUAGACCUUCUAAAAGGAGUUCCAUAAAUUAAUAUAACAGGCCACGCUCUGCAGUAUUUAAAUGGCUCAGAAUCAGACACUGAAUUUGUCUUGGUGCACCCAAAUAUUAGAUUUUGCUGUGGGCUAUCAGAUUCACAGGAAAUGUGCAUGUUGCAAGACUGUGCCUACUUAUAACUGGUUUUGAUAUAAACCCCCUAAUUUCAUGAAUUUAGGGGAUACUGACCCUACAAGAAUGUAAUUCUUCAAGUACACAUUACUCUACAGAAACAGUAAUUACAGAAGAGGUUUGGAAGAAAGUUUUUUCUUCAGUUUUUUAAAUUUCUGUCAGAGUUGUAUGAAGUUGUAUGAAGACCCUACGAUGACAUGCACUGCGGAGAAAUUCUGUUUCUUUUAUCUGACUCCUUCUGCAGCUUCAUUAACUUAUCUGGAGCUGCAGGGGAUAUGGUUAGGUUCAGAAUUCAAGCCAGUAGUUUUACUGCUGAUACUUCCAUCAGGAAAGGGUCAAAUGAGUAGACAACUUUUACAUAACUCCAGAAACAAGUUCGAAAGAGGUGGGCUGAUUUAGGCAUGGUCAAAAUGUGACAUAAAGGCUGCUCAUACACGACCUUCCUUCAUGAAGCAAAUUCAGAGUAAUAAACAGCACAAUCUUGUCAGCCCAGUCCCAGUCCCUGCUCUAGGAACACCAAUAUUUGGCAUGCAGAAAUGCCACUGAUACUGUUUCAGAGAAAAUUCUCCAGGCUCUUUCUGGAGAAUGAAACAGGAUUUUGACAACUUCAUUUACAAAAAUUAUUAAAUGAAAGAAAUGUGCUUUCCACUACAAAUGAAGCGUGAUUCAUAUCUGAAAUAAAAUGGCAGUGGGCUGUCUCAAUAUAAAAACAUGAUAAAGCCAACUUCUCAUCCAAGUUCUCUCCGAUGAAUUUCGCAUUACAGAUGAUGCAGAACUAUCUGUCAAAAUCCACAGCCUGAUUUUUACACUCAGACCAAGUCUCUCAGUGGGCUUAUCCCUCCUUGAGCUGCUCUUUGAUGGUUUAAUUCCUUUGCAGAAGAAACCCAUUGGGUUCCUCACUAAUGCAGAAUCACAGGCAGGUCCCAAGCAAGGGAAUGAAGGCAGCUUGUGACAGAUUUGACCAGGAAUGAGAUCAGUAGGUAUGUCCAUUCCUCACUUCCUCUUCUUUGCUCUCACAGUCCUAUCUAAAAAACCUGUUGCAUAGAUUUGAGGUUGAAGGGAUUAAGUUCAUUGAGGCCACAAGAUGUCCAGUGAAGAGGUCUUACCACCUCACAAUGUUCCUGCUCCUUGUCCCUCUCACCUUCCUGUGGGCCUGGGGAGGAAUGGGAGUGAUGCCAGGAAUAAAAUUCCUGCCCAACUGAAGUCAAAUGUAAAUUUAUUGGCUGUAAUGGGGGCAGAACUUCAUUUCACAUUGUCAUCUAAAAAUAAAGUCUGACAGUAAGAACAGUGACUUAAGUGACAACAAUAAUAUAGGAACAGUACAGAAAAUAUUAAAACCCAAGUACAAAUCAGCUUUAGCACUGAACUUACAACAGGAAGAAAAUGAAUGCAAAUUUGUAAUUACUUGGUUAAAGAGUGAAAUCACUUUUUCUAAAAAAAUAAAGAAAAAAACCCUAAAUUAUCUCCAUCACUUUGACAAUAACGCAGUAAUUUAUUUAAGGCCUUGCUAUACUGCUGUCAAAAUUGUAUCACUUCCAAGACAGAACAUCUGUUGUUGGUAAAUGGGCUAGGAAUGCCAAAUAUAAUCUAGAAUUUAUUUUCCAAAUACAAUUCACAUUGUAUAUCCCAUGAGAAGCGUUCUUCACCUUUAUGAGUUUUGUUCUUGGCUCAGAAAAAUGGAGCUGGUUUAUGCUGUUUGAUUUUGUUUGGUGGGUUUUUUGUUUUG